AUGGAUUGUAUUGAUGCUGUUAAUAUUCAACUGAAAAAUAAAUUCAAAUUAAAAGAUCUUGGUGAUUUAAAAUUCUUUCUUGGCAUUGAACUUUCCAAAUCAAAAAUUGGUAUACCUAUGUAUCAACGCCAUUAUGUUCUAUCUCUGCUUGAAGAUUAUGGAAUGCUUGCUUGUAAAUCUUUUAUUGUUCCUAUGCUUCCCAACUUACAUUUACAUAAUAAUUUUGGCACUUCUAUUGUUGAUCCUGUUAUUUAUAGACGUCUUAUUGGUAGGCUGUUAUAUCUGACUAUUUCUCGUCCAAAUAUUUCUUAUACUAUCCAUAAAUUAAGCCAGUUUGUUUCUAAACCUUGUACUGAACAUAUGGCAGAUGCUAAUAUUUUAUUAAGAUAUCUCAAGCAUACAGCUGGCCAGGUUAUUUUGUUUAAAUCUGCUUCUGAUUGUAAUGUUCAUGCUUAUGUUGAUGCUGAUUGGGGCUCUUGUAUGGACACCCGUCGCUCCAUCACUAGAUUCUGCAUUUUCUUAGGCAAUUCUUUAGUCUCAUGGAAAGCCAAGAGACAAAAGACUGUUAGUAAAUCUUCUGCAGAAGCUGAGUACCGUCCAUUAGCUUCUGUAUCUAUUGAAAUUGUUUGGUUAUAG